AUGAGUGCAAGUGAGACUCAAUCGGUGAGCUUUGAGCUCUACCGCUAUACACCCUCUCUAGUGGCAGCAAUAAUCUUCAUUAUCCUAUUUGUGCUUGCGACUGUCUAUCAUCUUUACCAAGUCAUUAGUACCAGAUCUCGGUACUUUACUAUCUUCGUUGUCGGAGGAGCCUUUCAAAUCAUAGGUUACAUUUGCCGCGCACUCGCCCACAACGACAAAGAGAAUAUCCCUUUAUACUCAAUCAGCACGAUCAUGAUUCUACUUGCUCCUCCCCUAUAUGCGGCUUCGAUAUACAUGACUCUGGGUCGACUCAUUAGACAUUUGGAUGCCGAGAACUUGAGUGUCGUGCCAGUCAAAUGGCUCACUGCAAUCUUCGUUACGGGCGACGUGAUUGCGUUUUUGAUGCAAGCAUCAGGCGGCGGAAUUAUGGCAAGCGGAACUCCUAGCGCAAUGACCACUGGCGAGCAUAUCACAAUUGGCGGUCUUGCCGUGCAGUUAGUGUUCUUCACUGUCUUUAUUGUCGCUUCAUCUAUUUUUCACUACCGGAUUCGAAAGUUCCCUACCGAAAAAUCCCUUUGCCGAUCGAGUUCAGCCACAUGGGAAGUCGUCAUGACCGGGCUGUAUGUGGCCAGCAUUCUUAUUCUCAUUAGGUCAAUUUUCCGAUUGAUUGAGUAUGCUCAAGGCAACGAUGGAUACCUUAUCAGCCACGAGGUGUUCAUGUAUGUAUUUGAUGCUACGUUGAUGUUCUUCGCAAUGGUUGCCAUGGGCAUUUUCCACCCAUCGAGGGUUCUUUCUCAGCCGUUGAAGAAGCGACGCUCUUCUAGGAAAUCUCAGUCGGAGAACACGGAGCUUUUCUCACCAGAUGUUUAG